AUGGGUUCCUUACUCCAGGAUGCCAUUUCGCUGGAGAAGCGGCGGAAAUCGCUGUUUUCCGAUUUGUAUGCGCAAAUAGACUCAUUGAAGAACCUCGUGGAGGAUGCCGUGGUUGCUCUCUCUGACACGAAUGGAGUUAACAAAACCACCGUGGAAUCUGCACCAACGUCUACAGAUAAAGCUGCCGGCAACGGUUCGAGUGAGCCUUCAGCCUCAGUUUGCAACAAAGGCAGGGCCAACCAUGGAGUAUCCGCCGCGGGCGCACCCGGCAAGGCCACUGCGACAGCUGCGGAUAAGGACCAACACGAUGUCGGAUUCCGCGCCACGCUUGCAGACCUCUCGAAGGCAGUGAAAUCCCUGGACGUGUAUAGGCGCGGAAGCAAAAUCACUAAAGAGUUUAAAAACCAGUACUUGAAGCUUGGCAAGAAGUGUUUCAAGCCUGGGCAUAAUGGUGAUAACCAAGUCCUCCCGCCGUUGGACUUCGACGAUCAACUGGUAGUUCAGAUGAUCGGCAUGCACUUGCUACAUUACGGCAUGUUCGACGUGUACGAAGCGUUGAAGGCAGAAGCCAAUGAGCGUUGGGGUGCCAACUGUCGAGCGAAGGUCUCGGGGGCUGUUGUCCGCGCCUAUCGCAUCCUCCACGAUAUGCUGGGCAAACUUCGCAACAACGACAUAAAUCCCCUGAUAGACUGGGUGAAACGACAAGUGGCGGGGUCUCACCUCCAUGUCGACCGUUUCAACGCCCUCCUGCUGAAGUUGUACAAGGUUCAGCUGCUGGGUGACCUCUAUGUAUUCCGAGACGGGGAGAUACAGCACCAGGAAUUUUCCCUUACUCCAGAACGCAUCUCAAAGGUGAAAUCAAGUGGCUUAUCGCAAAUGUGGAACUGCCACAAUGCAAAUAUUGGAGAGCUUCUGACGCAGGUCCUGUUGGGUGAGAACUUGCCCAGCGCAUCCGAGUUCCUGAGCUUGAGGUUAGAUACCGAAAAAUCGUUCGUGAGGAUCUUUUGCGAGAGCGGUGUCAGAAUCAAGAGGUCGGAAAGCUCAGCUUUCAGCCAUUUAGACAGCGGUAAAAGGACCAGACGACAGCGUCAAGGAUGGGACCAAAAGUACGAAGAAACUUCCGAAAAGAAAAGCAAAGCACUAUAUGCCGGUAACCUGAGUCUUGAAGAAGAGCUUUCGCAAGAUGACUACUUGGUGCGCAGCAAGUUGCCCCCAGAAGUAAAGCAAAAUCCCGUCACCGUGUCAUGGCUGGGUAUCCUGGAGGCGCGUUCGACCUCAUCAGGCACUUCGCGUAAUCACGAACAGCCCUCUCGGCAAUCUAAACGACCCACUAAAAUUCUCACUAAGGGUUGGAUGAACCGUCUUGAGAGAGGGAAUCCGCCUCGGCGUAGCCCUAGGGUGAAUUGUUCGCGUCUUCAGUCCCCGUCGCUUUCGCAGAGCACAGACAUCUACCUUGCCAAAAUGGAACUGAUUGGCUACAAAACAUACAGGAAGCAGUUGUAUUUUAUGGAAACCUUAUGCGCAAUGAACGGCGACCCUGAAACCGUUUGUCGCCAGAUAAUUCCAGAUCAGCCGUUCAGGUUUGACACGUUUAGCCUGUUGCACCAUGACAGUGAUGAGACGGACAAUCAGGAUGAUGGCUACGCGUCAAGUGACGACUGCGAGCCUGAAGGCGACGGUCAUUCGUCGGCCACCGCCGUGCUAAUGAACCCCGGCAACAACUCCGAUGAGUCGUUCCUCAACGUCACCAACGUCAACCAGCUGGCGUUGCUGGCGGAAUACCCCUUGUUCCUGCAGACCGGCACGGCACAACAGCAUUCUCAGGAGUUCAACGUUGCGUCUUCAGCGGAGGAUCCACAACAGACGUUAUCGCUGACUGUUUACACCGGCCCACCCGUCACCUCCGAGGAGAUGUACGCGACACAAAACGCAGCAAACGAGUCGUCUACCGGAGGCAUCGCUGGCCGGCGCAUUCGAAUAACGUUCCCUACUCGUCCGAGUCUUGUCGAUGUGCUCCCUUCUCACGGUCACCGAAUUGCGUUCCGGGGGCUGCGCGGCAAUGCCGAGGAGGCAGAACCCACGUCACCCGGCACGGGAAGCAGCUCAACGUCACGCGUGGAGGGUGAGAGGCCCACAAUUGUUCGCGAACCCGCCAACAUAAAUGUAAGGGGAAUCCUGCGCAUGAUAAUGCGUGGCAUCGCUGGCGACACUUCUGGCAGUGCGGACACGGUGGUGCAACUGUCGCCUAGCACGAGGACCUCGCUUCCGAGCUCUGGAGUCCGCAACGAGAGCGUGGCCACCAUGCGCCAGGCCUUUGCAACAGGCUUACAUGCGGCAUCCCGUCCCAAGCAGGGCUCCUUCGAGACGGCAUAUGUACGAGAAGACACGGAUGAAUACGUCCGCGUCUUCCUACCCUAUGAGAGCCCGAUUUCAGUGCUGGUCUGCGCCGGCUACCUGCUGCACCCGCGCCUGGCCAACAUAGUGGACAUACCGCACUCUAACAAGCAGGUAUUGUCGGAACUAGGCUCCUGGAUGAGGACGUGUAAGCAGCUGCCCAUAGAGUCUGACCUGGGACCGGCAUUCUGCUUCCACAGCUGCCUAACGUGCCCUAUUUCCAAGGACCAGACCUGCAGCCUGAACCCCCCGGUGAUGCUGAUAUGUGGGCACGUGAUCUGCAGCAUCUGCGUCGAGAGCUUCGGCAACAGCCGCCGCAAGCUGGAGUUCAAGUGUCCCAUGUGUCCGCGGGUCAUGCGCCCUAACGAAACGAAGCAGCUGUUUCUGGACUGGAACUCCUGCGGCUUGGAUGAGCCUGCGUUAUAG